CAUGUGUAGACAAUGAUGGUGAUGACGUCAUAUAAUGUCAUGGCCAUGGAUGUUGAUAUUCCUUACUGUGGGUUGAGGUUUAGGGGUUUGACUUUGACUCGUUGUCCACGGAUUAGCCCCCUACUAAGAAAGACAAGAUCUUUUUCAGUCAAACUCAAAAACCAAAAUUUGGGUACUCGUAGUCGUACUGGUAGUGUGGAUACUCAGUCUACCAUUUUUGAGUCGAAGAAGAAGAGAGAAAUGGGUUGGAGUGAGACAGUGAGAAACGCAGAGAAGUUGGUGGAGAAAGCCAUGAAUGGGAACGACGCCUCCCACGACGCUGCCCACGUUUGGAGGGUCAGAGAUCUUGCUCUCUCGCUCGCCCAAGAUGAAGGCCUCUCCUCAAAUCCUCACUCCAUGCAAAUUGUUGAGCUUGCUGCACUUCUCCAUGAUAUAGGUGAUUACAAAUACGUGAGAGAUCCAUCUGAGGAGAAAAUUGUUGAGAAAUUUUUGGAGGCAGAAGGAAUGGAGGAGGAGAAGAAAAAUAAGAUCUUGGGGAUUAUUAAGGGCAUGGGCUUCAAAGAGGAGGUUGCAGGGGAUGGAGUUGGUGAACUGUCUAUAGAGUUUGGGGUUGUACAAGAUGCUGAUCGCCUCGAUGCAAUUGGUGCUAUUGGAAUUGCUCGAUGCUUUACUUUCGGUGGCAGCAGGAACAGAGUUCUACAUGAUCCUAACAUCAAGCCGCGAUCAGACUUAUCCAAAGAACAGUAUAUGAAAAAAGAUGAGCAGACCACUAUAAACCACUUUCAUGAGAAGCUUCUUAAGCUUAAGGAUAUGAUGAAAACCAAGGCUGGACGGAGCAGGGCCGAGAAGAGGCACAAAUUCAUGGAAGAGUAUCUUAAAGAGUUCUAUGAAGAAUGGGAUGGAAAAGCUUGAAGGAAGGAGAGAUUGUGUAUAACUACAAUUCCCCAUGUAAUGUCUAAUCUCUUCUCUAGCUCUAAUGUUGUUUAUUAUGUCUCAUCUUGAAAUUGUGAUGUAUUAUGUAAUUCUACAAAUAGUGUUUAGAUGAAAAGUGAAGAUGGGAUGACUGUAACUUCUAAUGUCCAAAAAUGAGAUACCCCUUUGGAUUGUUGUUUACCAACUUGAUUAUAACUUCUAUAUUUUAAAA